UCUCCCUCGGCGCAUGCGCGGCGGCGGCGGCUGCUUCCCCAGGAAACCCGGCGUCGCGGUGCAUGCUGGGAUACAAGGGGUCUUGCUGCUUUUUCCUCUCUGGGGGCUCUGGGCUGAGGCUGCGGCGGCAGAGAUGGACGUCUUUCUAAUGAUCCGACGCCACAAGACGACCAUCUUCACAGACGCCAAGGAGUCCAGCACAGUGUAUGAGCUGAAAAGAAUUGUUGAGGGGAUUCUUAAGAGACCCCCAGAAGAGCAGAGAUUGUACAAGGAAGACCAGCUGUUGGAUGACACCAAAACUCUCGGAGACUGUGGCUUCACCAGUCAGACAGCACGACCCCAGGCCCCAGCAACAGUUGGCUUGGCCUUCAGAGCCAGUGAAGAUGCCUUUGAGCCCCUCCGCAUUGAUUCCUUCUCCAGCCCCCCAGAGCUCCCAGAUGUGAUGAAGCCCCAGGACUCCAGCAGCAGUGCAAAUGAGCAAGCAGUGCAGUGAGGCGCCGAGUGCAGCAUAGUGACCUGCAGUGGCCCUCUCCUCCUUCCCCCUCAUGCACCCUUCUUCUGUCCUUCAGUGUGGAGAGAGACAUGGCACUAUUCCUUCCCACCAGUCCAUGGUCCCCUUUUCCUCCAUCCCUCUAAGCAAGACUACACACACACCCAAACCCAUCCCCACACAUCAAGCAGAGCUCUGUUUUCACUUUGGUUUUGAAAACAAUAAAGGUUCAGCUGUUUUUUUCC